AGCGGAGUGCCGAGCAUGUGCAAGUUUACACCAGGCUACACUGUCGUAAUCAUGCAUGUUAUUACUAGGAUUGGCGUGCAGUGGCAAACGCAAAUGUGAAACACCGCCGCUACGUAUACCGUGUGUCGUGCACGACAUAGCGCACGUAGAUUCAUGCAUGCUUAUCGUGCACGACAUCGUGCAUGUCCUAUUCUCCUGUUCGCACUGUUCGUCCGUUCUUGUUCCAGAGUCAAUGCCUACCAGCUGUUUCGUACAUCAGCAUUCCGCCCUGAUUCCGCCCCUCUAUUGAUCCCGCCCCUUCAUGUACAUGAAUUCCCACUAGUGCGACAUUGUGUGGUAUUCAUACCUGGGCCCGCCCAGUUUGCAACUUCACCAGUGCUUCAUCUACUAGGUCACAGGAGCAUCCUGCUCUUUCAGAGUCGAACCGAUGCCACUUGAUGAAAUCGUACAGCCGCUCGACAACUUGUCCACAGCAGAUCCAGAUCUACGAACCUCUCCAACGAAAGUAGAUAUCAUCCCACU